UGGAGGGGAAUUUUGAGCAGAGAAAGUGAAAGUUCCGGGCCAUAAAUAGGUGGCAGUGGCAGCUUGGUCCAGCUUCAUUCGCACUCACGUUCCCAGACCCCUUCACACCCCGCACUUUCCAGUGCUCUCUCCCACCCGCAGCCAAGUCUUGGCUUCACACGGACUCUGCCCAGAUUCACUAAGGCUCACAGCUCGCUAGCCGCCGGCCUCCGCUCAUCCUCCAUGGCAUCCCACGCCGCCGCACUACUGGCCUUCAGCCUGCUGACUCUCUGGACCUCCCCUGCUCUAGGAGAUGCCAAUGACGCUGAAGACUGCUGCCUGUCUGUGGCCCAGCGCCCCAUCCCUGGAUACCUGGUGCGAGCCUAUCGCUACCUGCUCCUCAAGGAUGGCUGCAGGGUGCCUGCUGUUGUAUUCACCACAAUGAGAGGUCACCAGCUCUGUUCACCCCCAGACCAGCCCUGGGUGGGCCGCAUCAUCCGGAGACUGCAGAGGAACUCUGCCAAGGGAAAGUACUACAGCAGUUAGCCCAUGACAGGCCCAGAGGGAGCCCUGUGUCCAAGGAAAAGAAUGUGAAUCACUGAAGCCCUGGGAAACCAAGGACCAUAAGGGAGGACCAGGCCUCCUGCUCCCCUGCACCAGACCUGACCCAGCUGGGGCGGGGCAGGAGUGUCACUGUGAGUGUGAGUGUGAGUAUGAGUGAGAGUAAGGUUGAGUGUGAUGGAAGCACAGUUUCUCUAUGCCCAGACUGCAAUACUUCCAAUAAAGCCCGUUUGGU